AAAAUAAGGUCCUUCGCCAGUAUGUACAGUUGAAUGAUUUGGGGCUUGCUCCUGGCGAACAUCUCUGAAGCUGUCAUUGACUGGCUUUAUAUACGCGGAGACGUUGCCGGAAGUCUUGGCUUUUCCGGCGCAGGGACCGUCUUGUGGAUAAUUCAGACGCAAUGUGCACCUCAGAUUAUCGCAAACCGACUGGGACUUAUCAUCGCGGAUAAAAGGAAGACUAAGAUCAUGAAGAUCACUCUGUUUACAAUCGUCGGCAUUAUGAAUAUUUUUGUUAUGAGCGUAAUGUUUCCGAUGCAAGCAACCCGGUCUAAGCUGGGUCUACGUAUGCAGAGAUUCUACUCGCCCGUCGACAAGAUUCUAAGUUUGCUAAUUGACCUUUCGUUGAACUGGGUAUUCUUGCGGAAGCUUCAGCGCGAACUAAACGAUAACGGCCUAGUCAAGCAUCGAUUGCUAUUUGUUCUGACUAUUGCUGCCAUGAGAGUUUCGCUAGCCAUGGAUGUAGGUUACAGAGUGAUUCCACUAAUCGUUGUGGUGUUUCUAUCGAACCCCUAUUUAUACUCCUCUAUUCACCCCACCGUCUAUAGCAUCAAGGUUGCCAUUGAAAUGAUGAUGGCAGAUUUCAUAGUGCAGGUUGCGCAAGAGCAGCAUCAGAUGCGGGAGAUAAAAGGCUCGUUAACGCGAGGCAAAAGUACAUUUACUCGUUCAUAGACUGUGUUCAGCUGC